UUUUUUUUUCUCUACUUAAAAUAUCACAUUCAUAGACUCAGCGCGUCUGCUACCCACCUAUCUAAUAUGUUGCUCUGAUGCUGCUUCGUCAUGUGUAGUUCAUGAUAAUUUGAUUAACGCUUCAUCUCACCCCCUUCAAACCCAGGAUAAUCAUGUUGCAGGCUAUAUACGCCCCUCGAUCGUCGGUUACACAAUGGAAAUGGAGGACUUGUGCUACCUUUGCAUUGAAUCCUAUUCACACCCUAUUUCGUUGUAGAGUUGGGGGAGUUGGGGGUCAUACUACUACAAUAAUGCGUGUUAUCAUGCUUUUCUUCAGCGCUACCAGUUCUAUUCUGCAUUUGAUACAACUAUAGCUGUGUGGCUGGUUGAUUCGGCUGCCUAUGCCGUUGCUGUGGUCGUAGUGGCUGGCUGUACGGAAUCCUUCAGGCCUGCAUUUUCAAGUUUGUGUCCUGGGAUGUCUCACCCAGUGCGAACCCAAUCAUCACAACAUGGGUUCAAGCUGCCUGCCGGUUUCUGUCUUCCAACGAACUUCCACGUCUAGUCGUCCAAUAUCAACCAGCGAUUCUUGUGCUCCCAACAAUAUCUUCUGCCCUAUGCUCUCAAUGCCCCGACCAGAUCAACUCUAACACCCAGAGAACCAUACCUGGGUAUCUAGCACCUAUGAAAGAUUGACACUCGUCUAUUUUCUGAGAAAUACCGCUAGGUAAUCACCAUGGGUUAUAUCAAUCAUGGAAGCAUGUCGGCUAUUGGGAUCAUCUUUCCGGUUCUUGCCGCCCUCUCUCUCGCAGUGCGAAUGUACGGAUGGCGACAUCAUAGCCCAAUCUUCGAAAUCGACGAUAUUCUCGUCGUUCCAGCGGGUCUUCUAACUAUUGCUGCUGGGGUUGCGUUGGUGAUUGGCACACAAAUGCACAUCAUCAGCGAACACUCCGAAGCUGCAAGUACAGAUGCAGAUUCAGCUAAACUCGGAAAGUUUGAAUAUGCGUUUUGGAUGGGCCAUGUCCUGGCUAUUGGCUUCAUCAAACUGACAAUUCUUUUCCUACUACGUCGAGUGUUCAAAGGUCGCAUACACAGGACAGCUUUCGAUUAUUCGAACUGGACCCUCAUAAUUCUCGUCACACUAUGGACUUUAGUAUUCCUCUUCUUUGAUAUUUUCGCGUGCGGGACUACCCCGCAGGCAAGCUGGGAAAGUUGGAACUCGUUGAGGAAAAACUGUAUCGAUACCUUCGCGAUGCAAACCGGAGGUGCAGUCUUCAGCUGGGUUCUUGAUCUCGCCAUAUUCGUAGAGCCGCUUGUUAUGAUUCGAACACUCAAUAUGAACAGGAAGCGGAAGAUCCAAACGUCCCUCGUCUUCUUGUGCAGUGGCUUCGCCGUGGUUGCCGGACUUCUGAGAAUGAUUCCCUGGAUCCAACUCCAUGUUCAGGAUAUCACACAUCCUACUCUAAGAAUACUUGCUACGACAUUUCCAAUAUCUGACCAGCAAGGGAUCAUCUCAAUUGUUCUAUUCUGGACCUACAUGGAGAUCGGAGUAGGAUUCAUUGUCUCUUGUGUUCCUCGAAUCGCAUGGGUCUUGGAUAAGAUAUCUCUCGAUCCCAUUAUAUCCAAAAUACGCUCUUUCCCAUCAAAUGCUUCCUUAUUGAAGGAGAGGUACGCGCAUCGACGGGUAGACGAGUCAGAGCAGUCCCAAAGCCCUUGGAUAACAAUGGUUCGCACGAAGACCUCAUCUGGGCAUCGUUCUGAUGAGGACGUGGAGUUAGCUACAGCGAAAAAUCAUAUUUAAGAAUGGUUAUGUCUAUAAGUUAGUUAAUAUGAAGAUACUAUACUUAAAUGUUUCGCAAUAUACGAAAUCGCGUUCAAGAUCACGUAGGAAAUAAUUUUGAUGAUUGAGCUCGUGCGUUCGGUUUUUGGCAUCGCGGUUUGCUAUCGGAUAGAUCCCAGGGUUGGGAAUGAAGUAUGGUGGUGGUGUUGCAUAUCUCGGCCUAUUUUGACUUCCGUCGCUACCACAUUGCGAGGUAUGUUAGCGCAUAAGGCACGUCACCUACAUUAU